AUGCCUACCACCCAGGAACUGAACCAGACAGCCCUCAACGCUGAGAGGGAUCUCAACUCCUACCAGGCGAAGCAGGGUCUCGGCAAGAAGAGUGACUCAACUCUCGAGUCCGGUGUCGAUGAGAUGGUUGAGAAGAAGUUCGAGCAGCCUGCCAGCCUCAAGUACGGCCCUGGCUCAACUGCCUCUGGCAGCGACCACCGUGUGAUCCCCGAAGAUGAGGGUGGCAAUCGUGAUGACCGCAACCGUCUCCCUAAUGCUGGACAGUUCAACGGCACCGGUGGCCCUGAAGACGAUAUCAAGAUUCAGUCAAAGAACCGGAGUGGUGACCAGGAAGUACCUGACCUGCAGACUCUCAAGCGCCGCGGAGUCGCCCAAUAG